CACUCUUAUAAUCUAGAAAAAAGUAGUAGUCUUGACCGCUGCGCUGAUCAGAAAUGCUGCGUCCCUUUGAAACUUGUUCAUCAAAUUUCUCAUCAUAUUCAAACCCAUCACAAGGGCCAUGACUGUUUUCACCCUUAAUGAUUCUGAGACCGAAAUCGAAGCCUCUCGAGGUACCAGUAUGGAAGAUCUUCAAUUGAAGGUCCCCAGAGGAAGAGGUUGCUGCCACACCUUAAAGACCUACACCAGGAAAACAAGACACUUAUGAAGCUUGUUGCAGACAAAGAUAAGCGCAUUGCAUCAUACAUGAUAGAUUUCGAAGAGCUGAACAGUUUGAAAAUCAUUGUCAACAAAUUGGAGAAAUAAAAUCUCAAACUUACCCAAGCAAACAGCUAGAUGUUGCAAAAGCUACGGAGUUUGAGAAACCAUGUGCAGAAAGUACAACAACCAAAUAUACAACCUGUCCAAGAAACAAUCCAAGUGUAGGAAGUACAACAACCAAAUUUGCAACCCGCCCAAGAAAUAUUCCAGGUAAAUGAAAUACAGCAGCCAUUUUUGGAUUAUAUGCAACCUGCACAAGUAAGAAUCCAGGUGCAGGAAUUACAACCGCCAAAUAUGGAAGCUGGCCAAGUAAGAAUCCAAAUGCAGGAAGAAGAACCGGAUUUAGAAAAUAGCCAGAUGUUGCUGGAACUCGGAUCAAAUACAGAUAUGUUAACUUCUACUGAUCGAGCAGUCCGGGAGUGUAUAGACAUGAUUGAACAGCUUCAAGCUUCGGGCCCUCCUGCUGAUGAAGUAAUCCAGCAAGUCAAGGCAAGGCUUCAAGCUUUAGGCCCUCUUACUCUUGAUGCCGUUCAGCAGAUAAGAGCGGGGUUCCGUAAGCUUCAGAAAUUGCAGUGUCCAAGGUGUGAAUCUAAUAACACUAAAUUCAGUGUUUUGAAAGCCAAAAGAAUAUCUGCGCCAAGAUAUCACUGCAAAAAUUGUAAAGAUCUUCUCCAACAAGAAAUAAGGAAACCUGUUGUGCUUGGAGGCGUGAAUAGGAAAGAUCUUCUCCAGCAACGUUUUCAACGUGUUCAGCGUAGAAGGAUGAAGACUUGAAAAAUAUCUAUAUUAUUAACAUUAUAAGGUCUCAGCUCGAUAUAAGUCUUGUUCCCAUUAGCCUCAUUUAUUGAGUAUUACCAAAACAAACUUACUUAACCAUAGUUGUUGCAGUUGUCAGUUUGACAAUACUCUGUAUGUACUAUAUGUAAACUUUCCAAUAUGGAAUUUCUAUAAUUACAAUCCUUCACUGUCCACGGUUUGUACAA